UACUCUUUUUUUUUUGUUUUUCAUUAGACUAUUUAAGAAAAGAAAAGUAAUCAGAAAGACCAUUGAAGAAUGACUUUGAAAUGUUUAUAUGUGCUAGUAGCUAUUAUUUACUAUACAAGUCUAGUUAUUGCUCAGUCUACCACAACAUUACUCAAGGAUAAUCAGAUCUUGUCAAAUUCGGUUGCAGCAGGUUCAUACAAUUACUAUUAUUUUUCAAUUCCUGCAACAGGUCAUGUCUUUGGUAAAAGGGCCUUUUCCAACAUAUUUUUAUCUUCAAGUACCUGUAGCCAACCAAUACCACCAAGCACCUUCAAAGAUGCCAUACCCUCUGUCGACAUGUAUAUAUCCCUCUCAAAAGAUAACCCAUUACCAGGUCCCGACAACGGCAUUACAGUAACUGAUGGCCUUCAUGGACUAUCGACUUGGACAAGCCCUGAUUCUAUUUCAGAGAUCUGGAUUGCAGUUGGGGCAACAGCUUUACCAAAUACCUGGACAGGCAACUGGACAUACGAAAUUGGUGUUUCAACUAGCCAAAUAAUGCACCCAGUAUUUAUAAAUGAGAAAAGGAACAUGUCAACACCUUUUUUGAUUAUGGAAGAUACUGAUAGAACAAAUGCCUUGUUUACAUCAAACCCGUUUACGGGAUCUCCACCCAACUCUACGAUUUUGAUUACAGCAAACUUGCCAAAGGAGUUACAAUACUCACUUUGUGCAGCCAAGUUAUACGAUCUUCCGAAUUAUACUGUCAACACAUCAAUUACUGAACGUGGGCCCUGGAAUCUUCCUAGACAUCAAUUUAUGGUCUCCAAUCUGACACAAGAUACAUUAUACUCUGCUUAUCUUGUACAAAGUGUUGGAACAACAUUAGGAUUAACAACUCCAGUUUCUCUAAGCACGAAAAUAGAUGCUAAUUGCCGAAUUAUUUAUGAUUUACCAUUUUGUAACCAGGUGGCCUAUAGUGUGCCUACCAAUCCUGACACCUUUUCCACAGAAAACAUAUGGGACAUUGCUACUCAAUAUGACACACAGGCACUAGAAAAAUUUCAGCCUUUUGGAACUGCACUCUCCCAAUUUAAUUGCGACACAACUCAAUACUCUCUUGUUCGUAAUUGUACUGAUUGCUAUCGGGAUUAUAAGACUUGGUUAUGUGCUGUGACAAUUCCCAGAUGUACGGAUUCCACUACAAGUGGUGAUUUGAGUCAAAAUACAGAUGACCUGCCAACGUCUCCUGCUCUUCGUGAUAUAUCUGUGGGUGCCUCUAGAAAUCCCUGGGUAGAUGAAAUAAUGAAGCCGGGCGAAUGGACCGAGCUUUUGCCCUGUAUUGAUUUGUGCUAUCAUGUAGUUCAAAGUUGUCCCCCUUUCUUGCAGUUUUACUGUCCUGGGGGUGAUUUGGCAACAGUGCAAUAUGGAUACUGGCAAAAUGGAUCUGCCUUGGCCAAUGGCACGUUGUAUCAUUUCGAUGUAAAUAAUCCCACUUGUAAUCGUAUGGGUGUAAACACAUCCUUGUUGACAAUUAGUGGCUCUUCACACUUACAUAUGCAUGCUAGAUUUAUAAUUAUUUUGAUCAUUGCCGUUAUUGUUCUCAAUGUUUAAUAAAGGCGGAUUUACAUGUUCAUUUUAUUUAUAAAUUAGAAGUUUCCUGACCACCAAGCAAGAUUUCAUGAACACAUUUUCUUGAAGAUUGCAAAAUUUGCAAAAACUUGAAGGCUAUGUUCAAGUACAUCGUUUCAUUAAUGGAAGUAUCGUCAAUCACGCUCGUCAAGAAAUUAAGGUUGUUUGGACUCUAAUUUUAUGAUGAUCAAGUAUCUAUUUAGAAAACAGAUUUGCUUUUCCUGAACUGAUUUGAUUAAAAAAAAAAGGGGGGAGAAAGGUCCUCUCCACAUAACACCGAGUGGUUUUGUCAGUGAUCAGCAAAACAUAUCAGUUGCAACAGUAGUUGUGAAAAGACAAAUCAAGAAAUAUGUAGCUUCAGAAACCACUUUGACGUAGACAAUGUCUUUCCGUCAUAUACUUU